UUCCUACCCGAGCCGUGUGUGUGUGUGUGCGCCCUGCGGACCGGGUCGCGUUGUGUUGACAGGAAGGCAACCGGGUGUUUGAAGCAGCCCGACUAAAUCCAAGAAGCUUUCCCCAGUCUCUGGAUUAAGACGCGUGAAUAAAGUUGCUGAAGGCUCCUCGGUCGUGUCUGUGUGAUUUGUCUUUGCCGGCAGCGAGGAUGUCCGAGUCGGGUCACAGUCAGCCCGGGAUGUACGGACCGGGUCGCAGGCGGAGGAGGAGGCGAGAGAGAGAUCCCGGGAUGCCUGGGCAGAACCUUUCGGGCCCGGGGAGAGAGCGGCGGGAUGGGAGUGAGGAGUCGUUGGGUCCCACGCUGCAGAAGACGCCCAUCAUUCUCGCCAAGCCCCCGGGGGAGAGGUCUAAACCCAGCCAGACCGGGGCUCCCAGCAGCAGCAGCAGCAGCGCCUCUGUGGAGAAGCCGAUCGUUCUGAUCAAGUCCCGGGAGGAGGGGAAGCCGGCCCUGCCCGUCGAUGGAGCCGCCCAGGCCCCUGGCAUCACAGCCAAGGUGGAGAAGGAGGGCCAGCGCCCCACCCAGCCGGUCUACCAGAUCCAGAACCGGGGCAUGGCCUCGGCAGCGCCCAGCGGCUCAGUGGACCCUGUGAUUGGCCAGGCGAAACUCCUGCCCCCGGAGAAGAUGAAGCACAGUAUCAAACUGGUGGACGAGCAGAUGAACUGGUGCGACAGCGCCAUGGAGUAUCUUCUGGACCAGACAGACAUGCUGGUGGUGGGGGUGAUAGGACUGCAGGGCACUGGGAAGUCCACGGUCAUGUCACUGCUGUCAGCCAACACCCCCGAGGAGGACCAGCGGUCGUACGUGUUCCGGACCCAGAGCCAGGAGAUUAAAGAGCGCGGAGGGAACCAGAGCAGCGGCAUCGACUUCUUCAUAACCCAGGAGAGGAUCAUAUUCCUGGACACUCAGCCCAUUCUGAGCCCUUCCAUAUUGGACCACUUGAUCAAUAACGACCGCAAGUUGCCCCCAGAGUACAACCUGCCACACACCUACGUGGAGAUGCAGUCCCUGCAGGUGGCUGCCUUCCUCUUCACUGUGUGUCAUGUGGUGCUCGUGGUGCAGGACUGGUUCACGGACCUCAGCCUCUACAGGUUCCUGCAGACUGCGGAGAUGCUGAAGCCGUCGACCCCGUCCACCAGCCACGAGUCCAGCGGCUCCUCGGGGGCUGACGAGGGCAGCGAGUACUACCCACACAUCGUCUUCCUGCAGAACAGAUCCAGAAGGGAUGACUUCUGUCCUCGGACCUUGAAGAAGAUGCACAGCGUGAUUGACAAGCUCAUGAUGCACUCGCACCUCAAAUACAAAGGGAAUCUCUCCAUGCUGGACUGCAACAUCUUCCCCGGCCUGCCCAGAGACUACCUGGGGACGGAGGUGAACCUGUUCCUCCUCCCUGUGAUGGACAGCGAGGGGGACGAGGCCAGAGCAGGCUCCGGCGCGCCCCUCUUCUCCCUGCUGCCGGGGUACAGGGGGCACCCCAGCUUCACCUCCCUGGUGUCCAAGCUGAGGAGCCAGGUGCUGUCCAUGUCCCGCUCUCAGCUCUCACACACCAUCCUCACUGAGAAGAACUGGUUCCACUACGCUGCCCGGAUUUGGGAGGGGGUGAAGAAGUCCUCGGCUCUCUCGGAGUACAGCCGGCUGCUGUCGUGAGGUUCUCUUUGGGGGGGGGGGGGUUCCCGUCGCCAUGGAGAUGAUGGCAAGGAGGGGAGGAUCUUGUUCGUGCUCCAGCUGAGGAUUCAGAAACACCUCUGUGUUUGGGGUCUGGGUGCCGACCCCUCCAGGACGAUACAGGGGUGGGGCUGAGAUGAGCGUCUCGCUCCAGAGAGAGAGCGGCUGCAGGCUCGUUCAACUGCCAGCGGACUUUGUUUGUGGAAGCUGUCGAUUUUCAAGUGUUAAAAUGUUAUGUACACUAUGUGGGUGAAAACACGAAUUCUUUGUUGAGAA